AUGACUCCACCGACGACGCCCCCAUCGCUCGUUCCUCCGUUGCGGGCACUCCUGCCGCCGCCGCCGCUGCCGGUCCGGUCUCCUGUACCAGGAGGGCGCCUCACGCCACCACAACAGUCGCUCGUCCGGCCGCCGCCGUCGUCGCCACCGCCGUGUUCCUCCGCGGUGCCGGAACCGAUGGACGCUGAGGCUUCCGUCACGCCGCCGCCACCGUCGUCGCCCAGGGAGGUCGUUGUCUCCGCCUCCUCAUCCGUCAUACCCAGUGGCAGCGCGCGCCCUGGGAUGGUUGUCAACGGGGCGUUUCCCUCGCCCUCUCAUGAAAAUUUCGGGGAGGCAGGUGGGCGGGGUGCCCCGGCAGUUCUGCUGCCCGCCGCCUUAGUUGCGCCGCCCCUGGGUCCCUCCACCCCUUGUCGGAAGCCAUACUCAACAACGGUGAAACUACCGGCAUAA